AUGCGCUGGGUUCUACUCGUUUACUUCUGGCUAUUCUGGGUGCCAGCCCAGUCGACCGAUACAUCAUUCCAAUCCCUCUUCGUGGUUAAGACAGACACAGACAACAAUGGCGGCUGCGCCCAGUACCUUGAUCAAUUCGAGACAUUCAUAGCUGAGUGCAAAGAGCUUGUCAAUGCCGGCUUGCAAGUGUUCGAGGACGCAGCUAAGCCUGUCAGUACCAGAGAAGGCCGCGUGGCCCGCAGUUAUCUGUGGACCUAUUUCAGGAUCAACGACGAUGCCCAGGCAAUGGCCUCGGUCAAGAAUUAUCUCACGCGGGUAAAAGACUUCCUCGGCGGCGAAACAUCCACAGAUAAAGCUCAUUUGUACUGCAACGAUGAAUGGCUCGAAAAGGAGCAUCUGACCGACGCGGCCAAAGAUAAAGACGGGAACGAUAGAUGGCAAGAUUAUCCAGACGGCUCUCGGGCCCCAUACGCAAUCUUUCAAAUCCCGGAAUAUCGAGAAUAUCUUUUCUUCAAAAACGAUGAUGGGAUGUGGGAACCCAUCUCCGAUAAGGUACCAUAUUGGUCAGAUGACUUGAAGGAUUAUAUCUUCGAUUCGGACUACGAGGGCGGGACCUACUGUACGCCCGCCGCUAACUUGGCAGUAACACAGGAGAGAACCACCCCAAAGACAAUGACAUUUUGUCCCAGGGCCCUCAGAAGCAGGAAUUAUGUUACGAGGACCCUCGGAUCGAGAGCACCCACACGUGGAGAUUCGAUCCAGGUUAACGUCCCCCUUAGUGGCACUCUGUACCAUGAGUUGUUCCACCUCGUGAUCGGGAACUACCACACUUAUGACUUAGAAUAUUUGUGGUCUAAGCAGCAGAAAGCGCUUGAAAUUAAUCCCUAUCAGGCAGUUAAAAACCAGGAUAGAGACUACUUGAGCCUCCUCCGCGAAAACCCGGAAACAUACCUCUUCUUCAGCGUGGGAUACUGGUAUUUUCAGCAGACGCGGUGGGGUACCGUGGCGAAACCCAAUAGAAGAUGGAGCUUUCAUUCAGGCGUUGCCGAAUUGAUUCAAUAA